AGGCCUCAGAGGGGAAGAGGUUUCGCGGACCGUCAGCUCGGAGUCGCAUCCCCUUCGUCUCCAGGUGGCGCAGCUUGCAUUUCGAGGGGCGCGAGUGCGGCAGAGCUCUCUUUGUCGAUCCAGGGACUCCGCCAAGGUCCAGCAGCGAGCCAUCCUGAGUACUAGUCAAAGUUGCCAACAUCUUGCCAAGUUGAUUCUAGCUCCCUAAGGUCGGUUGCAUUGAAAGAAUGGCAGAUGUGGAUGAUCGCCCUCCCCGGGAUGAUGGUCGGGAUGGGCGAUCAGCUCCUCGAGAUGACGAUCACGAUAGACGCAGAGAUAGGUAUGAUGAUGAUCGAAAAGAUUAUGAUCGCCGGGAGCGUGAUCGUGGCAGUGGCAGGGACAGGCACCGGAGCAGGGAAGACUAUGACGACAGGCGCAGGCACAGGGAUGAUUAUGACGAUCGGCACAAGGGCCGCCAUUCCAGAGGUCGCAGCCGCUCGCGGUCCCGCUCCCGCUCGCGCGAUCGCAGAGGGCGAAAGGGGAGUGGGUUUGAUAUGGCACCUCCGGCAGUAGCUGCACCUCCAACCGCUGGCGCAGACGCUGGUGGUGCUGUGUACCCCUUUGGACAGUUCCCAGGAUUCCCCCAGAUCCCUGUCGCUGCAAUGACGCAGCAAGCCACCCGUCACGCACGCCGGGUGUAUGUUGGGGGGCUUCCGCCGAUGGCCAAUGAGCAGAGUGUGGCGACCUUCUUCAGCCAGGCUAUGCAUCUGAUCGGGGGCAACACUGCUGGCCCAGGUGACUGUGUGGUGAACGUCUACAUCAACCAGGAGAAGAAGUUCGCAUUUGUGGAGCUCAGGACUGUGGAAGAAACCAGCAAUGCGAUGGCGCUGGAUGGAGUCAACUUUGACGGGGUUGCGGUGAGGGUACGGAGGCCAAGUGACUACAACCCGUCAAUGGCAGCGACCCUUGGGCCUAGCCAGCCGAAUCCCAAUCUCAACUUAGCUGCGGUGGGGCUUACGCCAGGAAGCGGGGCUGGCGGAGCAGACGGACCUGAUCGGGUCUUUGUGGGAGGCCUGCCGUACUAUCUUACUGAGGAACAGAUCAAGGAACUGUUGUCAUCUUUCGGGCCUCUCAAGGGCUUCGAUCUCAUCAAGGACCGGGAGACCGGGAGCAACAAGGGUUACGGCUUCUGUGUGUGGCAGAACCCGGCAGUGACGGACAUUGCUUGUGCGGCUCUGAAUGGCAUGAAGCUCGGUGACAAGACUCUCACUGUGCGGCGGGCCACGUCCAGUGGCCAAGCGAAGCCUGAUCAGACUGCGGUCCUUCAGCAAGCUCAACAGCAGAUUGCAAUGCAGCUGGGAGGUCUUGUCAGCCCUGGCCUUGCUGGCACGGGAGCCAACAACAUUCCUCUUGGCAUGCCCGCAGAGGUGCCAACCAAGGUGCUCGUGCUGCUCUCGGUUGUUACCCCUGACGAGCUGGUCAACGAUCAGGACUAUGAGGAGAUCUUUGAGGACAUGAAGGAGGAGUGCGCUAAGUAUGGCAGCCUUGUCAAGGUCGUCAUCCCACGCCCCGAUCCUUCGGGGGCGCCUCGGCCAGGGGUCGGCAAGGUUUUUGUGGAGUAUGCCGAUACCACGUCAUCAGCAAAAGCCAAGCAAGCCCUUCAUGGGCGGAAGUUUGGUGGCAACGCCGUCGUUGCUACGUACUAUAGAGAAGAGAAGUUCCAUUCUGGCGACUACAGCGGCUAGUUUGAGUCGUUUUUGAUAGAGUCGUCAUGUUCUACCUCUCUCACUUCGCUGCUACCAGUAGAACAAUCUGCAAAAGGGUUUACGCAGCCGAUUUGGUGGCUCGCAAAGCACAAACGUGCCGCGCUGGCGCCUUGAACGUGAUGUACCAGCUUCUCAUAUAGCCUCUAGUUAGCAUGCAGAUCUUCAUAUGAAUGCAGCAGACGGCAGAAGUGCGACGUAUAGAGCCGUGCUUAUAAUACAUGCAUAUGUCUUGGAGAUUAAACAUAGGUAACGAACAUGGUAAGACAAUCGCACCGGACCUUGACUGCUGUUGUGUGCAGUGUGUUUGUCGACAAAUUAGCAUUUUGACUUUCAUGAAAGGCUAUAGCUUUCUGACUUGAGCAAAUGAUGUACAAUACGGUCCUGUACAGCAU